AUGGAUCCGCAGCCCCCGCCGCCCGCCCAGGGCAGCCCGCCUCACCGGGCGGGGCGGGGCCGGGGCCGCGGCCGGGGGCGAGGCCGGGGCCGCGGCCGAGGGGGCGCGGGAGCCCCCCGCGCGCCCCUGCCCUGCCCCACGUGCGGCCGCCUCUUCCGCUUCCCCUACUACCUCUCGCGGCACCGGCUGAGCCACUCGGGCCUGCGGCCCCACGCCUGCCCGCUGUGCCCCAAGGCCUUCCGCCGGCCGGCGCACCUGUCCCGCCACCUGCGCGGCCACGGCCCGCAGCCCCCGCUGCGCUGCGCCGCCUGCCCGCGCACCUUCCCGGAGCCGGCCCAGCUGCGGCGCCACCUGGCCCAGGAGCACGCGGGCGGCGAGGUCGAGCUGGCCAUCGAGAGGGCGGCCAAGGAGGCGGCCGAGUCCGCGGGCUCGCCGGACCCCGGCGCCGAGCAGCCCGGCCCCGCGGCGGCCGCGGGCUCCGCGGAGGAGGCGGCGUGGCCCGAGCCCUGGCCCGCGGGGGAGCCGGCCCCGCAGGCGGCCCCCGCGGGCGCGGAGCCCCGGGAGGCGGAGGCGGCGGCGGCCGCCGAGGCCGGGGCCGCGGAGCUGCGGGCCGAGCUGGCGCUGGCGGCCGGGCGGCAGGAGGAGAAGCAGGUGCUGCUGCAGGCCGACUGGACGCUGCUGUGCCUGCGCUGCCGCGAGGCCUUCGCCACCAAGGGCGAGCUGAAGGCGCACCCGUGCCUGCGCCCCGAGGGCGAGCAGGAGGGCGAGGGCGGGCCGCCGCCGCGGCCCAAGCGCCACCAGUGCCCCGUCUGCCUCAAGGCCUUCGCGCGGCCCUGGUCGCUGUCCCGCCACCGGCUGGUCCACUCCACCGACCGCCCCUUCGUGUGCCCGGACUGCGGCCUGGCCUUCCGCCUCGCCUCCUACCUCCGCCAGCACCGCCGCGUGCACGGCGCGCUCAGCCUGCUGGCCCCGCUGCCGGCGCCCAAGAGGGACGACAAGGCGGCCGGCGGCCGGCACUCAGGGAAGGGGCCCGAGGGCGGCGAGGGCGCCGCGGCCGGCGGCGAGGGCGGGCAGAACGGCGGGGAGGCCGCCCCGGCCCGGCCCCCCGCCGGGGAGCCCCGCUUCUGGUGCCCCGAGUGCGGCAAGGGCUUCCGGCGCCGCGCGCACCUGCGGCAGCACGGGGUCACCCACUCCGGGGCGCGCCCCUUCCAGUGCGUGCGCUGCCAGCGCGAGUUCAAGCGGCUGGCCGACCUGGCCCGCCACGCGCAGGUCCACGCGGGGGGCCCGGCGCCGCACCCCUGCCCGCGCUGCCCGCGCCGCUUCUCGCGCGCCUACAGCCUCCUGCGCCACCAGCGCUGCCACCGCGCCGAGCUGGAGAGGGCGGCCGCGCUGCAGGCGCUCCAGGCGCAGGCCCCGCCCUCGCCCCCGCCGCCCCCGCCGCCCCCGCCGGCCGGCCAGGACGAGGCGGGGCUCCCGCUGGCCCCCGCCCUCAUCAAGGAGGAGCCGCCCUCCCCCGGGACCCCGCCCCAGUCGCCGCCGGCGCCCCCGGUCUUCCUCAGCGCCUCCUGCUUCGACAGCCAAGACCACUCCGCCUUCGAGAUGGACGAGGAGGAGCUGGACAGCAAGGCGCACCUGCGCGGGCUGGGGGGCCUGGCCUCCUGACCCCACAGCCACCCCGUCCCCUCCGCGGGAGCCCCCCGGUUUGCCAGGCGGAGGAGGGCAGCCGAAGGCGAGCCCCCUCCUCUGCCCACCCGCCCCUCCUCCCCUUCCAGCGCGCGACACUAAGCAGAGGGGGGUCCUGGAUCGCCCCUCCCUCCCCACCGCCCUCGGCCCCCCAUGCUGGCUAGGAACUGCUCACCCCAACACGUGUCUUAAGGCAGGAGGACUUGGAAAGGAGGCGGAGGACACUUGGCCGGAGGACGGAGACUGGCGGGGCCGCCCCCCGCCGGCCGUCCCCACUGUACACACUGGACACCACCAGCUCUUUGGCCUGCCAGACCCGGGGCCCCGUGAGCAGAGGUCUGUCCCUGUCCCCGUGUCUGUCUGUGAAUAAAUGUGAGUUCGUGAA